AUGUCUCAAUUCCGCGCGGCCAAGCUCGACAUUGGCUGUUUUACGAAGAUCCGCAACAUUCGUGACCACACGAAGCGCAAGGUGUACUCUGAGAAUGAGCCAGAGCGACAAGCACUCCGCUACAUAAUCCGCAAUACUACGCUCCCGCAACGAGUCCGCGCACAGGCCCAGCUUCAAUUGUCGGAAAUGCACUGUUACACACGCUUCACACAGAUCAAGAACCGAUGUAUAAUGGGAGGCAAAGGCCGUGGUGUUUUCAGUGACUUUAGACUCGGAAGGUAUCAAUUCCGUGUCAAUGCGCUCGCGGGGAAUCUACCAGGUGUGAAGAAAGCAAGCUGGUAG